AUGAGGCUACGUGACAGCAUUCGAUUACCCGAGCGGUUUAACCAGGAUCAGUUCCUGAGUCCCUACCCUCAGAAGCCCCUUCGCGAGCCCAGGACCCCAAGGACUGUCGGUUAUGUCGAUUUCAACCCCAAUCUACCCCCCGCGACGUUUCCAACCUUGGACAAAGCGUGUCCGGCGCGACAGGCAAGCGACGCACAAGACCAUGACGGAGACAAUCACUCACGCGUCAGUGGCUACAAGCGUCCCUGCGAGCGGACAUAUGAUAACAGCAAGGUCCAAAGAAGAAGAGGCGAAGAUGGGAAGACGGAGCUCUCAAGCGAGCACAUUGAAUGCAUGGUUGCAAGCAAUGGCGAACUGAAUCCCAUCUUCAUGAGAAACAUGGCCAUCAUGGCCGCGGCAGAUGAGGAGCCAUCCAUAUACAGAGACAUGGAAGAUAGCGAUAUUGACGAGGAUAUGGUCGAUGUAUCUAAUGCAGAGGGGGAAGAGGAACCCUCCUCGGCGUCUGUGACUCGGACUCUCAAAUGGCAUGAUUUCUCUACACAGAUGAAGGUUGAGAUAUUCGAUAAUAUGCUUCAAAAUUACAAUUCGUCUACCGUAUGCCAUCUACUUGAACUAACGACAGAAGAAGGGGACCAGAUCCAGCAGGAUAUACUCCAAAGGGACAUACAGGUGGAACAGGAAGAUGCACAGCUGGAAGCCAUGAGAGCAAAGCAGCUGAGAGCUCUUCUCAGAAUAGACAACACGGCUCGGGGACACAAUCGAGUUCCACAUCAGGGUGUGUUCAGCAGGAUUUCCCGACAGCACUCGGGCAAGUUGCAGGAUAUGUGUGAGCCGCGAUUACUGCUGUCCGAUGCCAGUGAAGUCUUGGAAGCCAGAAAGUUUCUGCAUAGCCGUGGACUUGACAGUAGGUUUGCUGGAGAAUGGAGUAACGGUGUAUCAUCUUUACAGGAUCCAGCAAGCUACGACAUAGCAGAGAGCUUGGAAGCUGCUUUCAAUGCUGAUGCCCGUAUUGCUGCGACAUUCUCAGAGGAUGACAUGCUUUUUGGGGACAUAAACGUCGAUGUACCUGAGUUGACCACUUCGUGCAGAUCAUCCAUAGCCGACACAGUUGGCGGCCCGUAUUCGACAAGUAUAGGAUAUAAAGGUGACCCUACUCACGGCCGUCAGAAUGAGCAGGACAACGUAUGCCACAGCCCUCGAGAAGAUGGAAUGGUCCGCCUGAGAGUGGGUCAAGAGAAAGCCGCUCAGAUUAGCGACCAUGGAUUGGAAUAUAUCAAGCCGGAAUGGACAUUCAACCAAUUGCCGUCGGAUCGGCUGUGCUCUGAAAAGCCUCCGUCAAGACGUGAGCAGACCCAUGGGCCUUCUAUACGCAAACGCAAAACGCAUAAGCCUCGACAAGGAUAUUUUAAUCCUCCCCAUAUCCACGAAGCUCAGACAGAAACUCGAAGAUUUGUCGCUAGAGGCGCAAACAAGAGCUCCAAUAAUGUCAAGCAGAGGCGCCGCAAAUGUCCCCUUUCCGGAGCCAAGGUCAACCUCGAGUUCGACAGUCUGGUCCUCGCCAGCCCCGGAAAAAGCAUUGUCGCGGACAAGCCCAGACUAUCUCUCUGCAGAAGAGAAUAA